UUGGUUAAAAAAAAUACACUAAAACCAUAUAAAAUGAUAUGUUUUUUGAUUCUUGAGAACCAGGAGCCUGUAAUAUAAAGCCCAUUCGAAUUUCGAAACCAUAUUUGUAUCAGUUGUGAAAGAAGCAGAAACGAGACGAGCUUUAGAGGGGUUUUCAGAAGAUUCUGUAAUUUACAUUUCCUCCAACAAAAAGCAUCAUGUUCACCACAACAGUAAAAUACCUUGGCACAAAACCAAAACCAGCAAUGAAAGCAUUAGAGCCCAGAUUUCGACCAGAGCAAAAUCAAACAAUCACCAGGGCUAUUUUCGACAUUUUAAAGGAACAUGGUCCUCUCUCUGUUGCUCAAACAUGGGAACGUGUCCAGGAAGUUGGUGUGAAAGAUUUGACAAGUAAAACACAAAUGAAGACUGUAUUGAGGUGGAUGAAAGAGAGACAGAAGCUUAAGCAAGUAUGCAACCAUGUGGGGCCCAAUAAGCAGUUUUUGUACACAACAUGGUUCACUGAAUCGCCAGCUGUCAACCAAAUAAGGUCUGGAGGGGUUAAGUCGGCUAGAUCGAAGGCUUCUUAAACUUUGUUGGAUGCAAUUUAUCAUCCAAAUAGACAAAAUGUUGUUCUUUUGAUUUUGAUCAUGCAAAAUGGUUUUAGACAUAAGUUAUGACAUUUUUGCAUUUGAGUUUUCUAUCUUAUGCUUUGAUUUUGUGACA